AUGAUAGUGAUUUUUAAUGUAUUUCUUGUGGUGUUCGCUGUUAUUUUUUUAGCCGUCUCGUACGUUGUUUAUUCUAUCUGUUUUGUGUUGUACUAUCAGCUUGAGAGUAUUGCGAUGGAACCUGAUGAGGCGAAAUAUUUGCGGACCGAAAGGAAACCGGGCUCAAUCGACGUCCAUCCAAGUCUAGAAGCUAUAGUUUUGAACUACGAGAUUGAUGUGCAAAUUCUCGGCAACAAAGACACGAGUAUAUACGGAGAAAAACAGAGCCUUAAGAAAAUAAUCGAAUUGCCGAUGCUGAACAGCAGGACCGAUUGCCAUGCCUUAGCCAAAGAAGUAGUGAACCAGUGCGAUUUGAUACACCACUCGCGUUUAGCCGAGGUCGAACAGAUCAUUUAUUAUUUGAAGAAGCGGAAGCUGCACGGCGGACUAAAAACAGAGGUGGUCACCCCCAAAAGUGGAAAAAUAACGCCUCGAAGUGCCCACAAACCUCCCAAAAUUCCAGAAGUGUCGCAUUCGAAGACAGAAGUAGUUGAUAAAAAUGGUAACAUAGCCAAAGCUUCAAAAAUACCAGAAUUGAUUCGUAACCGAAAAGAGGUGCUGGAUAAAAAUGGUAACAUAACAAAGCCCUCGAGAAUUCCAGUUCUCUGUUUGGAAAAGACGACGAUUCUCGAUCGUAUCAGAAAGAGGAUAUUUGCCAGAGUUCCAGAGAUUGACACGAACGAAAAAACCCAAUUCAACCCAUCCGAAGCUAACUACAAUAAUCUGUCCAACUACAUAGACUUGCUCUAUGAAGGUAUGGACGAGAAAGUCAAAGGGGCGCAUCUCAUCCAGUUUUUGGCCAGGGACCCAGAAAAUUUAGAAGCUUUGGCUAAAUACGAAACCUUAAUAAGUGCUUUGGGUCGAACUUUGCGUGAGGACUGGAAGAGAAGUAUCGCUUUGAGUACGCACUUGGUGUUCACGUUCUUCUGUUUUUCUAUGUAUCCGAGGUUUCAUGACGUCAUAUUGAAAUGUAAGGUCGGCUCAAUAUGCAUGGACAUAAUCGACUUCGAGCUGCGACGUUACGACCGAUGGAAAGCCGAACUGGAGGGCUCCCAAAUCCCGAACGACGUUCCGAUCAUUUCGAGGCCCUGCCCGAGUAGCGCCAGCAUGUCGGAGAUUCCCCGCAGUCGCAUACCGGAAAAGGUGCGACCAAAGUCCGGUAACUUCACCGAUACCAACAUGAAGGCGGUGAUGGAGGGCAGCAUUUAUGACGACCUGACCAAUUCCACCGACAGUUUAGAUGACAAGAAACUGACGACGGAACAACGUACGAAACGCUUUCGCACGUUGGUCAAGAAGCAGGAGCAUCUGCUCAGGGUUGCGUUCUAUUUGUUGCUCAACAUUGCCGAGGACGAGUCCGUUGAAGAGAAGAUGUCCAAGAGGAACAUUGUCGGUUUGCUAGUCAAAGCUUUGGAGAGGUCCAACGAGGAUCUGCUCAUUCUAGUCGUUACAUUCCUGAAGAAAUUGUCGAUAAUGCAAUGCAACAAGGACGCCAUGGCUAAUCUUAAUAUAGUUGAUAAGUUACCGAAAAAUUUGGACUCCAACAAUCCGGAUCUGGUGCAUCUGACAGUCAAGCUACUGUUCAAUUUGUCCUUCGACUACAAAUUGAGGUUGAAGGUUGCUAAGGCUGGACUUUUGCCCAAAAUUAUUGGACUCUUAAGUGAUGAAAAACACCAGGAAGCCGUCCUGAAACUGUUGUAUCACUUGAGUUACGACGACGAGAUAAAACCGCACUUCUUGGACUGCGUCGGCCUGAUUACGGACAUGUUGCUCUUAAACUCCGGCAGCGACAACGACAAAAUUAUGGUGGCUCUUUUAAUAAACCUGGCGAUUAAUCCGACUUGCGCCCAGCAAAUGAUCAAGAAAAACCGCCUGCAAUCUUUGAUGAUGAGGGCCUUCACCUAUCAGGAUCCAAUGCUGAUGAAAAUGUUGCACAACGUCUCCGAACACAGCAACUGCUCACCCUCAUUCAUAGAGUUCGUCGGUGACAUAGCGAAAGCUGUGGUCGACUCCAAAGAGGAGGACUUUGUGCGCGAGUGCAUCGGCAUUCUGAGCAACCUACACCUGCCCGACUUGGACUGGGCCGAGAUAUUCCGCCACUUCGACAUGAUCAAGUGGAUCAAGAACGUGAUCCGCAGCAACAACGCGGAUCCGGAGCUGGUGUUGCAGGUGGUCGUGCUGCUGGGCACCGCCGCUUCCGACGAGGGGUGCGCCAAACUGCUCUGCCAAACCGACAUCAUGACCUGUCUCAUCGAACUGCUGAAAACCCAUCAGGAGGACGACGAGAUCGUUUUGCAAAUUGUUUACGUGUUCCUCGUCAACUUGUCCCACGACGAGAACAUUGACUAUUUAGUUGAACAGACGGAAGCACCGGCUUACUUGAUAGACCUGUUGCAAGACAACAACAAGUCGAUCAGGAAGAUAUGCAACACGUGCCUGAACAUCAUCUCGAAUCACAGCACCACGUGGUCGGAUCGAAUCAGGAUCGAAAAAUUCCGAAAUCACAACUCGCAAUGGCUGCAAAUGGUGGACAAUCAACAACUUGAUCCAGAUGAAGAGGAAGAAGAUGGGGAGUUGCCUCCUUAUCUCAACACUGAGUAUUUGAGUACUGCUGUAGUCCCUCCUUUAAAUGAAUCGACAGUUCAAACUGCUGCUGAAAUGAUCCGCGGAUUGGUAGUUUCUGCUGGAGUAACUGAAAUGAAUACAAGUGGUUCGUCACGUCCUGCUGUUUCUUAUGGGUUAACUGUGUCAGAUGAAGACGAUUCUUGGUCAGUAUGUUCUGAUGAUAAUAUUUCCAAUAAUGAUGGAUCCCAUGAGUCAGAAAUUAUUUCAGAAAGAGAAUUAGAUUAUGACUAUUUUGAUACAAAUAAUAUUGAUAAUAAUCUCGAUAACGAUAUUAUACAAGAUUUUGAAAUUGAGGCAAUGUAAUUCGUUAUCCAAGCUUAAGAAAUGGCACAACUAUAGGAUAUAUUUAGGCUUUAUUUUAAGAAUUUUGAAGCAUAUUCUAGUCAAUAUUACAUACCAUUUGUAGUGAUUAAAUAAUUUAAAAGUAUAAAAUGCUCUGAUUGAUCUCUUUUAGAGUGUAAUAGUUUAUAUUAUUUAUUUGAUAUUGUAAGAAGUUUUUUGUAUUUUUCCUGUUAUGGCCAGUUAAUUAAUUAUUUUUUCAUUUUUUUUUAUUUUUACACGUUUUUAAUUGUACAUUGUUUAUGUUUAUGCUAUAUUUUUUAAUAAAGAGCAUUUACAAACUUA